AUGCGGCCCAUGGAAUGCCUCUUCUUCGAAGAGGCGCCCUCCCUGUGUGCCCUCCCUUGCGAAUGGCGGCGCAAACUGCCGCGCCACGCCCUAGCUGACGCACCACACCCUGUUUGCCUGUUCUGGAUAAUGUUUGUGAAUUUAUCUUACCUGAGUUAUGAUGAUUACAUUAAAUCCACACUAAUGACAAUAUUGGCCCAGGCCAACAGUUUCCCAGGCCGCAUUAGCGGGAGUGUAGCCAGUCGGUCGAGGGGAAGUGAUGAUCCCCUUUGCUUGGCGCUGGUUGGAUCACAUCGAGACGCUGUGCCCAGUUUUGACCCCCCUAAUACAAGAAAGGCAUCGACAAGCCUGCGAAUUCAGCAGAGGAGAUCAUCGAGACGGAGCCAGGCUCGUCACUGCGGCACGUGGUGCGAGGCCAAGGGACAACGGGCGUGUGUUGAAGCAGGAGAGGUUCAGACUAGACAUACGGAGCAGCGUUUUCCCCGGGGGGACACUGGACCUGAGGCACAGGCUGCCCAGGGAGGCUGCGGCGCGCUGUCCCCCGAGGAGGAGCUGAAAGCCACGGUGCUGCAGCUGCGGGAGACCGUCCUGCAGCAGAAGGAGACCAUCGGGAGCCAGCGGGAGGCCAUCCGGGAGCUCACCGGCAAGCUGAGCCGCUGCGAGAGCGCCGACGGCAAGUCCGACACGGGGACGUGGAAAAAAGAGCUGGGCAGGGGCAAGGACACCAUGGGCGACCUGCCGCGGGACCCGGCGCAGGUCAUCGACCAGCUGAGCCGCACCAUGCAGACCCUGAAGGACCGGCUGGAGAGCCUGGAGCACCAGCUCCGAGCCAACGUGUCAUAUGCAGCACUGCCUAAUGACCUUCGAGAGAUGCUUCAACGGAGGCUUGGAGACCUGGAACGCCAACUCCUGAGCAAAGUGGCUGAGCUUGAGGAUGAAAAGUCUUUGCUUCAUAAUGAGACGUCAGCCCAUCGGCACAGGACAGAGACAGCCUUGAAUGCAUUGCUAGAAAGAGUGUCUGAAUUAGAAAAAGGUAACAGUGCAUUUAAGUCACCCGAUGAAUUCAAAGUCUCCCUUCCUCUUCGCACAAACUACUUAUAUGGGAAGGUCAAGAAGACUCUGCCAGAGCUGUAUGCUUUUACCGUAUGCUUGUGGUUGAGAUCGAGUGCUUCUCCUGGAAUUGGCACUCCAUUCUCUUAUGCUGUUCCUGGGCAGGCUAAUGAAAUUGUCCUCAUAGAAUGGGGAAAUAAUCCAAUUGAACUUCUAAUUAAUGAUAAGGUUGCCCAGCUCCCUCUCUUCAUUAGUGAUGGAAAAUGGCAUCAUGUCUGUAUAACAUGGACAACCAGAGAUGGAAUGUGGGAGGCUUUUCAGGAUGGAGAGAAGCUUGGCACUGGGGAGAAUCUUGCUCCUUGGCACCCAAUUAAACCUGGAGGUGUCUUGAUCCUGGGUCAGGAACAGGACACGGUAGGAGGAAGAUUUGAUGCAACUCAAGCCUUCGUUGGGGAGAUGAGCCAGUUCAAUAUAUGGGACAGGGUCUUAAAAGCUGAAGACAUCAUGAAUAUUGCUAACUGCUCUACCAACAUGCCUGGCAACAUCAUACCCUGGGUUGAUAACAACGUUGAUGUGUUUGGAGGUGCUACUAAAUGGCCUGUGGAGACAUGUGAAGAGCGUCUGCUAGAUUUAUAG